GGCGUCACGUGACGCAGGAACUCGACGCGGAAUCAAACAGACGUCGUUUAAAAUGUCUAAAGACUUGAAAAAAUUCACUCCCUUCGACAAAGGCAUCAGGUUGGUGUCAAGACCGAGCGACAUCGAUGAGUUUGAUGAUGACCCGGGGGUUUUAAGGGCUCAGCUGUCUUGUGGUCAUGUGAUAGAUCCAGAAACGCUGACGGACUGCUGCAGAGCUCAGCUCAACGAUGGGCGGACUGAAUUCAGGUGUCCGCUGUGCGGGGAAACCUGGCCGUACGACGAAGUGAGAAAGCUGGCGAAACUCACUCUCGAAGAGCAGCUGAGUUUCGAGGAGAAGCUCGGGACGAACACGGCCAAGAAGAUCGUGGACUUCAAGGAUUGUCCUGGUUGCGGCGCCUUCAUCGAAAGGUCAGAUGGAUCUAACCUGUGCGUGGAGUGCUCGGUCUGCACAGCCACGACCGGACGAGUCUUUGAGUUCUGCUGGAUGUGUGAGAGGCCGUGGAGAGGCCCUCGACCCAGAGCUGAUCAGUGCGGGAACGCUGGAUGCAGAGGAGCUGACCGGGAGCUGCUCGGACGCUGCCCCGAGGUCGCGCUGCUGUCGGUGGUACACAAGGGCACCGAUACUCCCGUGCGGUGUCCGGCGAUCCGCGCGUGUCCCUUCUGCGGCGUGCUGAUAGAACACAACAAGGGCUGCAAGAUAAUGUCGUGUAGUGAAUGCAAGCAGGGGUUUUGCUUUGCUUGUUUAAGAUCUGCCCGGGACUGCCUGAAAACAUCCACACACUUCAUCGCGUGCUCCGCUCCGGUCGCGCCCAGGCAAAACAAUUCUGUGCCCUAAGAAGACCGACAUCAACCUCCACUUCUCCUGAAUAACAGUAGAAAGGAAUGUAUAUAGGAUAUUUGUGUGUUUGCUAAUUUUUAUUAUAGCUGAAGUUACUGUAAAGGUUAACAGAUGUUGAUAAAUAAACAGAAAUUGUAAUGAGA